AGUCUAGAGAGCGCUACAUGAAGAGGAGCAUGACGGAUCCUACGGGUCAGCAGAUCCGGGCGCCGGACCGGCCGGACGGUCAGCCGAACUACGAGACGACGUUUGACGUGGACGGUCAGAUCGAAACGUCCGUGUCGACGUCCAACCUCGCGCGCGUCGACAACAUGAGUGACAUCUCCAGCAUCCGCGGCAUCGCUAAGAUAGAGAUCCUCCCGGCGACGCUGGAAUUCCGCGAGGCCGCUGAACACGAGGUCGUCGACCACAUCGCGCGCGCCGACGGCGCCCCCUUGCGGUUCAAGCUGGCGCCGACGUACGCGCUGUACAUGGCCGUGCGGUACCGCGCGUCGCGGCAGUACCGGCCUGACAGCGCGCCCGCGGAGCGCGCUCACCGCCUCACGGCCUUCGCCAACAAGAUAGCUCACGUCGUGGGUGAGACGGUCGAG